AUGUCUGCCGAAGAAGAUCUACACAAUAUUCAAUUGCAAAAUUCAAUUGACAAUAAUCAAACACUUUGUAUUGAUGCUAAUGAUGAAUACAGAAAACAUGGUACAUUUUCAGUCGACGAAACAGAUGAAUAUUUGAUGGAUUUCGUGCAAAACGAUAAUGCGAUACUCAAUGUGAAGUUAGAUGUUUCGAUGGAACAAAUUUGCACAGAAAUUGCAAAAGAACCAUUUCCAGGUAAGAAUUUUUCGUGUGAACGUCCCAAAGUUCUAUUUUUUCCAGAUUUUCAACAAAACCUAGUUGAUGAAAACAAUCCAUUGGCAGGAAAUUGUAUGAUUCAAGCUCAGAUUCCUCAACAAAUCGAUAAUAAUGCAAAUCUUGGUGAACAAAUCGAACAAAUUCCAACCAACGUCAAUGGCUCCGGAAAUAAUGAACUUCAAGAGCACAACAUUUCAUAA